CAUACUCUCAGCUAGGAAAUUUCAGAUGAGGACCAUCUUCUCUAAGUCACCUUUGCGGGCAAGGUCCACUCCGCCACCUUUGCCGGACCGCCAGACUUUUUCAGAGUCCAUAAUGGCCGAGGACAUCGAGGUGGCUCAGUCGAUAAUUACUAAAUGGGACUCUUCGGACUCCUCCUCCUACUGCAACAUCGCCUACCUCUUUUCCCUAGAGAACCGCCACGAAGUAAAACAAUAUCUCAAUUCCAUCAAGCACCUCCAGCGCUAUGGAGUACUUCGUCUCCGAGAAUCCAGUGGCAGGGAAACUAGUCCGGGCUCAGAACCUGAUGCAAACCACCACAAAACGGUCCAGAGGGAGUUUUAUCAGGUGGGAGGAGGAGGAGGAGGGACUGGGGAGCAAUUUUUCGAAGGUUUCACCAAUAUUGGCGGGAAAGUAGACAUGCCUGCUAACGGGUCUCAGGACAGGGGACGCAUGGAUUCUGGAGGAAUAGUUGGGAACAAGCUCAUCUUCGCUUCGCUCGGAACAUCCCCACCGCUAAAGUUUUUGCCUUCAACUUCCUCGUUGAUUUGAGCUGGUAGAAUUUUCUAUUUUUAUCCCAGGGCGCCGGUGGUUGGGGGGGGUGGGGCUAAACUUAAAUAUGGGUAUUGUAAAAUUCAUGAUUUUUGGGGAAAUUUUGUAUGGUUUUGCUUCUAGCUAGGAUGCAUUGUCUUCGACGGAAUUUGUGCUGAUGGAGUUGCUAGAUGUGGGGUUGGCAGAAGUGAGAUCUGCAUUGGCACACAUCAGUGAGAAAGUCUGUCCACCUUAUCAAAUUGUAAGCAUGUUUCUGAUGUUAAUUCUUGAGUUCAAUUUUAAGGCUUUUCUUUCAUUUCCUUUGCUUUUUCUUGGAAUUUUGGUUUGAAACUAGUAGUGUUUCUUCUAGGCAUUAUCAUUGAUGGAGCAAAGGGUUCAAAAUGAGGUGUUUUCAAGCCAUCUUCCGAUGGGGCUGAAAGGAUUAGAUACAGCCCUUAUCUGGUGGUGACUGAUAGCAUGGCUGCUCUAGUUUCAGAGUAAAUCUCAUAUUCGUUU